UCUCUCUCAGUCGCCGCAUCUGUGCGUGUGCGUAGUCUCUUCUCUCCCUUCGAGUUAUUUUCUGUCGGCCCUGUUCCGCGGGGCACAAGGAAAUUUUUAGCCUGUUUUACCUCUCUCCGACGACGACUGAACACCGUAAAACAGACACACACACACACGCACACGUACGCGAGCUCACUCACUCACUCCCAAAUUCGUUCACUCACUCAGUCACACACGCAUACGUUCCACUCGCCGCUGUACACACUGUACGGGCAGUCGUACGUUCCAUACACACACUGUCCCACACACGUACACUCACACACUGUCUCUCACCAACACACAUUCACUCACACACGGUCCGCCGAAUAAUAUCGCCUUUUUAAUUCCGCGCGCGCGGGCGUCCGUAGUCCGUACGGUUUUUCAUACGCAUACACGCGCACCGAACACACACACACACACACAGACACACACCGACACCGACACCGACACACCAGUCGUCGCGAGUCGUGCGUGACUUGAGUGAAAAUUAAUUUUUAUUUUUUUUUUUCUACGUACAACAUAGGUAUUGUACUUGACUCGUGUGGCCGUGUGGGUGUCGCGAUUUUUUUCAUUAUAAUUUUGUCGGGUCUCUGACGUUCGGCGACGGUGACGGUGACGAAGACCUUCACAUCGUCGAUCACGGCUGCGGCUACGGUGAUCAAGACGGCGGCGGCGGCGGUGGUGGCGGCAACGGCGACGGCGACGGCGACGACGACCAAGAGCGCGACGGCGGCGGUGGCUGCGACGACUAGACGGCCAGUGCGAUCGUUUUAGAGUGAUUUGCUGAGAAAUUCGGCCGAUYCGUGCCCGGGAAAACUUAUCCGGAAUCAUGUGCUGGAAUUCGCUCAGCGUCGUUGUGUACAGCGUCGUAUUUUUCGCCCUGUUGGAUUUCGGGCCCUCCAGGGUCUUGGCUGAUGAGCCCAGUUACGAGGGUAAUACAACAGUAAGAGAUGGAGACCCAUUUAUGAUAACAUGUCGUGUGUCAAUGUUCCAAGUCAUAAAAUGGCAAAAAGAUGGUCACACCCUGGUUACUGGUGAACACUUCAAUAUCAGCGAAGCAGUAACUAAUGACAAUAUGUUUGUAUCCACGAUAACGGCCAAUUCUGCAUCCUCUAUGCAUUCGGGUGCCUAUCGAUGCACAACACAGUACAACAAGUUUCAUGUACUAUAUGUGGUUACCGCUCAAGUUACUAUAAAAGCAAACUAUGACUAUGGCGAUAAAUAUAAAAUAGGUGAAUAUAAAAGCAAACUAACACUUAAUUGUAAUAUUGAUGGCUCUCAAGAUCCAAAGUACAUAUGGAAGUGGUUUAAAGGUGACAAUCAAAUAACAACUGAUUCUGAAGACCCACACCAUGUUGAUGUGUCUGAAAACACUCUGGUAGUUAAUCGUUUUGUUGAAAACGAUGCUGGUCAGUAUACAUGCAGCUUAUUCAGUUCCAAUAAUCUAAUCGACAAGAAGGUGUUCAAYGUUGUCUUAAAGCCUUAUAUGAAACUGCCAAAAACAGCUACAUUUAUUGAGGGUGAAAAAAUGGAAUUGGAAUGCAUUGUAUAUGGUGUACCUACACCAGAUGUUAGUUGGAAAUUUGAAAAUACCACUCUUGUGGCUUCUGAACAUAUUAAAUUUUUACCUAACAAAAAGAAUAUUUCCAAUGCCAUCUUAGUUUUGGAUCCGAUCACAAUGCAAAAUAGAGGAAACUUCAUCUGCAGUGGAAAGAAUAGUGUUGUCUUUGAACCUGUGCACUCUGCUCCUUCCUACGUGCGCAUUAAAGACAAAAUGGCUGCAUUAUGGCCGUUCUUGGGUAUUUGUGUUGAAGUGAUCCUUCUGUGUUUGGUUAUAUUUAUAUAUGAGAAGAAACGUAACAAGGCCGAAUUUGAAGAAAGUGACACCGAUCAAGGGCCAGAGACGUAAAAACAAUGCUAACGACCACAGUGGUGGUGAUGUACGACACCGGAAAUAAUUUGACAGUUAAAUGAAUAAUAACACAUUUUAAACAAAGGUCAUAAGUAAGGAAUAAAAGUUUUAGAUACAGAUGCAUUAGGUUUGCCAGACCAAUUUUUAUUUAUGUUUUUAGUAAAAAAUUGAUCAUAGUUGUUAACAAAUAACUAAAUGAAAACAGCUAUUUGUUGUUUUGGUCCAGCUGAAACAGUGUUAUACUUACUGCUUAUUGUAUUUUUUAAUCCAUAAAAAAUGAAAUCGAAUGUUUUCCCUCACGCAAAUGGGAGUAAUUCAAGUUCAAUAAUGGUAUACUAGCUGUAUUAUAUAAACCAAUUUUAGGCUCAUUGUGCAAAUAAUUUGUUCUCCGUAUUUUGUUGUGUUAUUAUUAUUAAUAUUAUUUUAUUUUAUUUUUUAUUAUUAUUUUUUUUACCAAAGUUGAUGUGUGUUUUUAUUUUUUAAUAAAAAACAGUAAUCGCCCCCUCCCUGCCUGUUAACCUCAAUGAUUUGUUAAAAUUUCAAUGAUGUCAUGCCUAACUUAUCCAAAUCUUAAGUUUACUGUGCUUUAAAAAGCCUGAAAAUAUUGCAUUUAAUGCUCAAUAAAUGUUUAUUCCUUCA